AUGAGCGAAACAGCCCGCCUCAAAAGCACCGUUUAUGCCGGAGGUCUUGACCAGGCCGUAACAACACAAACACUGGCAGAAGCAUUUGUACCUUUCGGCGAAAUUGUGGAUAUUACUCUUCCCAAGCCCGAUACUCCCUCUUCGACGGAUCUUCAUCGGGGAUUUGGAUAUGUGGAGUUUGACCUCCCGCAAGAUGCGACAGAGGCAAUCGACAACAUGGAUGGCAGCGAGCUCUUCGGACGCACAAUAAAGGUUGCUGCAGCCAAGCCACAGAAGGAUAGCAAUGAGGGACUGGGUAGUAAGACUGCGAUUUGGGAACAGGAGGGCUAUCUGGCCAAGCACGCCGUCAGUGAAGAAGACAAGCUUGCGACAGAACAAGCUGAGGAGGAAUCAAAUGAGCGACCCCAGGACCCCAUGCAAGGACUGGAGCAGCUGGACGUUGCAGGUCCGAAACCCGAAUGA